GAUCCGCUCGUGGCAUGUUAGAUCAACAGAUGGAUUUACGUGCAUUUCUUCUCGUUUUAUUUUUGUCCCCUCUACUUCUGGGCUACAAUGGAGUCGAAGGAGCCGAGGAGUUACUCGAAAGAGAAGAUAAGGAGUUGAAGAAGCAACUUAAGCUUUUGAACAAGCCAGCAGUCAAGACUACAAAGACUGAGUAUGGGGAUACGUAUGACUGUGUGGAUUUCUACAAACAACCGGCGUUUGACCAUCCUUUGUUGAAGAACCAUAGUUUUCAUUUUCAGAUGAAACCUACUUUAUCAAUUAAGAGAAACAGAGAUCAAGUUUCUUCAGGAGUAAGAGAAUCGGCACAUAUAGAGCUCAAGGGUGGAGGCUGCCCAGUUGGAACAGUUCCAAUUAGAAGAAUUACUAAAGAAGAUCUCAUCAGAGAGAGAAAUGCCUCAAAACUAAUGUCUUUUGCAGAUAACACUAUUGGUGCUCACUAUGCCGUGGCCCGGACGAGACCUGGCCCAAACAAGUUCAAUGGAGCUGGAGCAAGGCUUAGCCUACACAAUCCACGUGUUUCUGGAACACAGUACAGUGCAUCUCGAUUUUUGCUUCGAAACGGGAACGAUGCUAUACAAGCAGGGUGGAGGGUUGAUCCAACUCUAUAUGGUGAUACCCGCACUAGACGAUUUAUACGUUUAGACGCAGGUCAAUCUCAUUGUUUCAAUACACGAUGUCCUGGAUUUGUUCAAGUUAGAUCUGAUAAACUUCUUGACUUAGUUUAUCCAGAAGUUUCUAAACGUGGAGAACUCGGGUAUGAGGCGCCACUUUUCAUUGAUCGGGACUUAGUUAAUGGAAACUGGUGGCUCUUAGUAGGAGAAAGUAAUACCGAGGUUGGAUUCUGGCCAAAGAGAAUAUUCAGCGGAUUGACAAACUUGGCAUCUAAUGCUGAAUGGGGAGGAGAGGUGUUUUAUCCGCCAGGCACCCCUAUACCGGACAUGGGCAGCGGUUUUCCCCUUCAAAGAGACACAAAAUACGAUGCAUACCUAAGGAAUGUUGAAGUCAUGAAUGCCGCGGGGCAGAAUAUCGAUGCCUACAACACGGAGACAUUUAAAGACACACACAUAUAUAAUGUUGUUGAUUUGGAACACACUAAAUUACGACAUCUGGUCCUAUAUGGGGGAGGUCACCCCCCUUACAGUUCCUGAGGUGGGGGACGACUGCAGGGAGUAGAUGUUACUUAAUGCUACAUCGUGUUGAGCUUAAAAAUAAAAACAGUCUCAUAUAUAUAUAUAUGGCUCUUAAUUCCUGUUUGGCUUAAA